AUGUCCGCCGAGCGCAAGCGCUACGCCGUGGUGUGCGCGGCGAACUUUAACCGCUCCAUGGAGGCGCACAAGGUGCUCGCCGAGCGCGGACUCGACGUCGCGAGUUUCGGCGCGGCGUCGCGCGUCAAGCUCCCGGGGGCGUCCCGGGACGACCCGAACGUGUACGAUUUCGAUUCGAUCACGUACGAGGACAUCGCGAGCGAUCUGGAGCGACAACCGCGGGAGACGGUGGAGAAUUACGAGGCGAGAGGGAUGUUUGAGAUGCUGCGGCGAAACGCGAAGAUCAAACCGGCGCCGCAGCGAUGGCAGACGCACAGCGAUCGAGAGCGGUUCGACGUGGUCGUGUGCUUCGAGGAGAGGGUGUUCGAUCUCGUGAUGGAGGAUCUGCGAGCGAAGGGAGGGGCGCGGGAGGGGGUGCUGGUGGUGAAUUUGGACGUGCGAGACUCGCACGAUUCGAGCGUGGACGCGGCGCCGAGGGCGUUGCGGUUGUGCGAGGCGUUGGAGGCGAGCGAGGAUUGGGAGAGCGAGGUGGAUGAGAUCAUGAAUGCGUUCGAAGAGGCGGAGGGGAUGCGACCGUUGUACGGCGUGUGUUAUUAUUGA